AUGAUUUGUCCGAGGUGUGGUAAUUUUUUAUUAGCACGCGAAGGCAUUCUUCAAGCUGGUCGUAAGUAUCAUCGACAUUGUUGGACUUGUGCACAAUGUUCAUCACCAUUGACUUCGUGGGUUCGUCAACAACCCAUAACUAAUGAAUAUCUUUGUAAUACCUGUCAUAUUAAAACACAUGGAUUAAAAGAAGGUAUGGUUUUUGUUAACUGGAACAAACAACAAACAAAAUCAAUCAUGUCUUCGAACAUACAGUAAAUUUUUUAUUUGCUUUUCUCAAACAAACAAGAAACACAAGAAUUUGUUUAUGUUUAUUUAGA